GGCAGAUUUAUAGCUCAAGUAUAGCAUUUUGCUGUCUCUUAAUCUUACAUGCAUCGAAGAAGAAUGCAUGAAACUACAGCCUGCGGUGACUCAUUAGCUUUAGAUCAUAUAAAACAAAAAAGUCGCUUACUGUAUUAAACUCGUUUUCAUUGGUUGUUUCGAUUUGCAGACAUUCAGAACAUUAUUAGAAAGCACCAGCAAAUGUACAAAUUAGGGCUGUCAAAUGAUUAAAAAUUUUCAUCGAGUUAAUCACAGCUUAAAAAUUAAUUAAUCGUAAUUAAUUGCAAUUCAAACCAUCUCUAAAGUAUGCCAUAUUUGUCUGUAAAUUAUUGUUGGAAUGGAAAGAUAAGACACAAGACGGAUACAUACAUUCAACAUACUGUACAUAAGUACUGCAUUUGUUUAUUAUAACAAUAAAUCCACAAAAUGGCAUUAACAUUAACUAGGGGUGUGACAAUAUAUCGAAAUGGUGAUAUAUCGUGAUACUUUGUAUCCCAAAAGGUUAUCGAUAUGCUCCUGCCAAGAAUCGAGAUAUAAUCCUAAAAAGGUUUUAUCAGGUAGGGAGGGAGUUUGGUGUCUUCUUCAGGCAAUCAUAUUUGUAAAUCUCACUGGAAUGGCACCAAACAAAAGUUCCAGCAUCAUCACCUCGUCUAGAGGCAAGAAUCUGCAUCGGACAAUGUGUCAAGAGUCAAGAAUCUGCAAUGGUGUGCACUGGAGGUGAUGAUGCUGAACUUUUGUUUGGUGCUGUUCCAGUGAGACCUUAAAUGGCCUUAAAUUACCUAAUUGCCUGGCAUUGACCGCCACUGACAGCCAUAGACGUUCAAUCCGUUUGAAGUGGGAGGGAUGGCAGCGAAUGAACGGGUGAUAUUCGCUGCCACCCUCCCAGUUCAAAUGGAUUGGACGUCUACUAUGGAUGAACUUGGUUCCAAUUCACACUAGAAGCUUGUUUUUCUGUUAAUUGGUUGUUUGCAGAAUAUCCUAGAAUGAUUUCCUGAUCAAUGUAUCGAUAAUCGUUGUAUCGCCAUAUCGUCAGAUCAUCGUUAUCGUGAGCUUUGUAUCGCAAAUCGUAUCGUAUCGUGAGGUACCAAGAGGUUCCCACUCCUAACAUUAACAUUCUUUCUGUGAAAGGGAUCCACGGAUGGAAAAACUUGUAGUUGUUGAAAGAUAAAUAUUAAAAGUUAUAGUAAUUUUAUAUUAAAACUAGGGCUGUCAAAAUUAUCGCGUUAACGGGCGGUAAUUAAUUUUUUGAAUUAAUCACGUUAAAAUAUUUGACGCAAUUAACGCACAUGCCCCGCUCAAACAGAUUAAAAAGACAGCACAGUGCAAUGCUCCCCCCCCCCGCGCGCUUUUAAUGUUUUGUACAUUAGUUUCCAAAUUGUUCAAAAUCCCUCUCAGGCAAAACCAAACUAAUAUUUCAGUAUCAUGCCAAAAGUUUAAAACUGUAAAUAAAAUACUCUUGUCACAUUCUGUAUCAGCAGCUUUAAACUUCAUUCAAUUAAUUUAAUGAUGUGAAUCAACCGUUAAAGUAGUUAAAAUUCUUCCGUUAUUCCAUGAUUUCCCUUUUGUCUACUUUCGACAUGUCAAAGUUUUAAAAUGUUUCAUCAUUUAAAGAUGGUUUCAAGUUAAGAUUUUGCUGAUUUAGGAGUAUUUUAGAUAAAAAGUUAAUUAGGUUCGUUACAACAGAGCCUUCUAGAGAAGUCUACUGCUUUAAGAUGGCGGCUGUUAACAACGCGGCAACUACUAAACGGCAAGUCUGUCAUUUUGCAUCUAGUUCUUUUUACAUGUUCUACCGGCGCCAUUGUCUGUCAUUUUGAAUCUAGUUCUACAUAUAUGUGAUAUUUACUAUAGCCGUAUGUGGCCGUAUGUUUGGAGCAACUAGCAACUGGGCGUUGUUUGAAGCAGCUGUCGGCCGCAGUCAGGUAUUGUUGUUUUUUUUUAUCUAGGGGCAUGAGUUGAACAUGAUAUUUACUCUGGGUCCGUUCCUCAUUGCGUCCCGAAGACUGCGCUGGUUGUGUCUUAGGUCUGCUUUAUCUGGAAUGAUUCAAUAAUCGGAAUUUGGAUUUUUGUGAAUCAUUCUCGAAUCUUCCACGGCCGAAUCGCGAAUAAUCUCAGAAUCGGAAAUUUCGCACGCCUCUAAUAGUAAUAUUAACUCGCAUGCUCCCAAACACAUAUAAAUACGUUCUAAUUUUAAUUAUUUCAGUGUCCCAAAAACCUAUUUUACGUCUUUUACGUUUUUUUUUUUUGUUUGUUUUUUUUACAAGAGACAUCUCUAGGUUCUGAUGCAACUUCGCUCCAAAGCACAACGCUCAGAAUCCAUUUUAAAGCAAUAAAACUGGCCACUGGAGGGCAGUAGUGCAUUUGGUAAGAACUCAUAUCGGACCAUGAAAGGAAAUGAAUGAAGAGAAUUAGUCAGGAAAUGGAAGUUGGAAGAAGAAAGAAGCGUGAGAAAAAUGUGGAGAACGAUGUAAAACGCAAGGCACAUGCCCCACACAAGUUCCUUUGGUGAAUUCUGUUAUGAGGUAGUGGUCACUACAAAAGAAAGAUUCAAAAAAAUAUAUCUUGUGAGACAGGUGACGAUGAGGGAAAAAUUUACCCCGUCUGCCGAUACAACCGCGGCCACAACAGCGUCAUCUCUCAGUUCAAUAGUUUAGUCAUGUUUAAAGAAAUUGUUACUCUGCAAUCAAAAGCUCUUUUUGUCUUGUUGUUUAUGUUAUUUGGUAGGGCUGCAGCUAUCGAUUAUUUUAGUAGUCGAUUAAUCGAUGAACUAGUUAGUUCGAAUAAUUGAGUAAUCGGAUAGGGAACAUGAAAAAUUAAAAUACCUGGGAUGAGCCUCAAACAGUAUAAAAAAAAAAAACAAAUAAAUUAGGAUCUAUCAAAAGAACAAUUGGCUAACUUACAUAGCAAAAGUCAGCUAGCUUAAGUGCUAUAAAAUGCUAAAGUUUUUUUUACAAUGCUCUUAAAAAAUGGUUCAGACUCAUAUUCCCACUAAAAACGACUAAAUAUACCAAAAAACUAAAUCACGAAUGCAUUAAAAAACAUUAGCCCAAACAAAAACUUUGCUUACGUUGGUAUUAACAGGGAGCAGUUGGAUUCAGCCAUGUGAAAUGAGGCAGACCAGAGGACAGUGUAUCCAUUCUAAUCAAUAAAACUAACUGCAAACACUGUCAAAAUAAAUCAUUACAAUGCCACUUUAAUUAAACGAAUACUCGAAGCAACAAAAUUUAAUUCGAAUAUUUUUUUUUCAUAUCGAAUACUCGAGUUCAUCGAUUAAUCGUUCCAGCACUAUUAUUUUGUAGAAUGAAAACAUUAUUCAGAUGUUUGGGAUGUCAAAAAAGCUGUGUUAAAGUCAAAGUUAUGUUUGAAAUGUUUGCUUUAUAAAAAGCUCAAUUUCUCUGUUUUUUCAUCAGAAAUUGGAAAAUUGCUCAAACUAAGCUAUUUUCUAAUGCUGAUUUCUAAACAAUGGAAAAUCGUUCUAAUCGUUCUUUUGGUGGGUUCUAUGUUUAUAUAGCAAAAGAACAGAAUUUUCUGUGGGCCUUGCAAAAUCAGUCAAAAUCCAGUAAAACGGCCAGGAGCGAAGGGCCAUGCUCUGGUGAAAAUGGCUGGGAGUGAAUGAGUUAAAGUACGAUGCUUAUAGCCAGUCAGCAAGCCUUGAUCAAAGGUAAUAAAAUAAUUCAGGCGCGUCAAUACUUUUUUUUUUUUCCUCCCCCGAGCCAUUUAAAUGGAUGAAUAUUAACAGAGUUAUAAGAGUUGCAUGCGUUCUUAAAAAGAAAUGGGUGUGUUUUCCUCCAACGUCAAGAUUAGUCACUACGCACCAUAGCGCAAGCCUUAACCCUUUCAAGGAUAGCGGUCACUACAAUAAAAAAUCAUUUUAAAAAAAUGUGUUCAAAAAAGCAUUCAAUCAAGACAAAUUUUCUUGGUUUUGGGGAGACCUGUAGGCAAUUUAAAAUAAACCCAGCAUUAUAACAUAUUUGCCAAUGUUUUGUAGCUUUAAGCCCUUUAACUCAACAAUCUCCUCCUCUGCCUGCCUUGUUCUUCACACAAGCCUAGCCACAAAACACAGCACACGCACACACGGAAACAAAAAGCUUCGCCGGCUCCCGCAGCCUCACGUUGCAUUCAAACACCCCCGCUGUUUGCCUUUGGUACGUUCCAAGACAAGCAGUCACCUCCCCUAUCCCAAGUCAGAUUUGUCUCCACUCUAAGGAAAUACACCGUAUCUCCAAAAUGUGUAAAACUGUCACGUCAAAAGUUCUUUCUGGACAGCGUAUACUGAUGAAAAUCAAGGACUGUUGAGUGACUUGUGAGGAUGACAAUUUUUUUUAUUUAUUUGAAUUUUUUUGGGGCUGACAAGCCAUGACAGAACUACUUGUGAAUAGCCGGUAAACCUUCCUCCUUCCAAUGUCUAAGUGCUUUGGGCCAUGGCCUUUUACGCAGGCAACAUGAACCGUGAGGACCGAAAUGUGCUCCGAAUGAAAGAAAGAGAAAGGAGAAAUCAAGAAAUCCAGCAGGGAGGAGGAGAGGCGUUUACAGCAAAUUCCCCCCUUUUCCCCGAACCUUAUAAAGUGUCCAGUAAAGAAGAUAAACUGUCGAGCCGUAUCCAGAGCAUGCUGGGCAAUUACGACGAGAUGAAAGAACCGAUUGGCGAGGCGCUUCCGAAGCUUAGCGCCAAACCCUCAAACAGCUCAUCUUCCUCCGAGGAGAAAUCUGGCACGCCUUUGUUUAGCGAGAAUCAGCGAGGCGGCGGCAGUCAGAGCAGUAAGUGGACUCCCGUUGGCCCCGCGUCAGCUGCCUCCUCAUCCCAGUCUCAGAAACGUUCCGGACCGCAAGGGGGUCACAGUAGCCAAAGGGGCAACAGCGGCGGCAGUAGCGGCAGCAGCAGUAGUAGCCAAAGACACAGUGAAAAGAAGUCGAGUAAACACAGCGGCGGUUCCGAGCACUCAAAGUUGCACACGUCGAGUCCGGCAAAGGGCUCUCUCGGUUCCUCCGGCCACUCUCGGAGCUCCUUAGCCGCCGAGCAGCAUCACGGCAAGGAGCGCUACAGGUCCAAGUCCCCUCGAGACCGAGAGGCCAACUGGGAUUCGCCCUCGCGGGUUCAUACCUCCUUCCCCAGCGGACAGCACUCGAGUCAGGCCUUCCCCCCGUCGCUCAUGUCCAAACCGGGCUCGAUGCUCCAGAAACCCACGGCCUAUGUCAGGCCUAUGGACGGCCAGGAGACCGCGGAAGCUAAGAGCUCGCAAGCGGAAACCUACAGCGGACAGUCGCACAGCAGCACUAUGGGGGAGAUGAAGUCCAACGGCAAGGCCUCACUCACCAAACUCAAGAUCCCCUCGCAGCCUGUAGAGGGUUCUGGAGAUUCGAACUGUGUUGAUGAGAUUCUAAAGGAAAUGACUCAGUCCUGGCCCCCUCCAUUGACAGCAAUCCACACCCCCUGCAAGACAGAGCCCUCCAAGUUUCCGUUCCCCACCAAGGAUUCUCACACCUUCUCAAGUGCACAGAAGCGAGGCAGUACUUCCAAGAGCUCAAGCAGCCACCAGUCCAAAACUUGCGAUGACCAGCCAACUAUGCUGGAAGAUGACCUCAAACUCAGCAGCAGCGAGGACAGCGACGGAGAACAGGACUCUGCCAAGAAUGCCUCUAGAAACACGUCGGCGAGCCAUAACAGCGAAGGAGCCGAGCAGUCGAGAGACGACUCGAGCAGCCACAGCGGCUCUGAAAGCAGCUCGGGGUCAGACAGUGAGAGCGAAAGCAGCACGACUGACAGCGAGGCCAACGAGCCCCCUCGACCCGCUUCUCCCGAGCCUGAACAACCAAUGGCCAACAAGUGGCAACUGGACAACUGGUUCAAGAAGGCAGCCCCGCCGUCGCCGCUGGACAACAACAAUGUUCAAACCAAGACCAAAAAAGAGGGGAGAGACAACAGUUCGGGACGUGGCUACGGUAGCCAAGGAGGGGGAUCGAAGGAUUCCUCUGCGCCGGCCCAAAGCAGGGACCUUCGGGCGGUACAAAAGGGUGGCGAGAGUGGCCGCGGUCGCCAAAAAUCUCCGGCCCAAAGUGAGAGCAGCACGGGGAACAGGAGGCCCGUGGGGAAGAAACAGCCGAAAAAGUCUGAAAAGCCUCCAGUGGUGGAGGAGCCCAAAGGAGGCCUUAGAGUGGAAAGCGAGCCAGCACCUGAAAUCCCCCCGCAUCGACCCAAAGCGGCCACCAAGGGCUCCCGUAAGCCCAGCAUAAAAAAAGAACCCAAAUCCUCUCCGCGGCCCAGCGCGGCCGCCGUGGACAAGCGGAAAGCCAAGACGAGCUCGAAAUCGACCCGCGAGAAGUCUCGGGAGUUCGUCGACUCGGACUCCUCUUCGUCGGACUCUGAAGGAAACGACAGCAUCCCUUCAUCCUCGCAGACGCCGAAAUACACAGAGAGCAUCAGGACACCUGUCUGCGUGUUCUCCCCAAUGGAGGAAAAGGAGCUGUUGUCGCCAUUAAGUGACCCGGAGGAGCGCUACACCUCCAGGCAACCUCCGCAGGUUUUAAUUGUCAAGAUAGAUCUCAGCUUGUUAUCAAGGAUCCCCGGGCGGCCGUACAAAGCGCCCCCCGAGAUAAAAGUGGAGCGGGAUGACUCCCAAGACAGAGACAGCAAAGAGUUCAGCAAGCAAAGCUCAGAGAAGAGCUCAAGCAAGGCCAAGAGGAAACACAAGAAUGACGAGGACGGAGCCAAGCAAGACAGCAAGCGAAGCAAGCUGGAGGAAAAGUCCCAAUCGCAUCAUAAAAGCAGCAGUAAAGAGUCGAAGAGGUCGUUGGAGAAGAAAGAGGAGGCCGUGCCGUCUCCGUCCAUGGCGGGCCUUCAGCGGACGCCGAAAGUCGAGCAUCCGAGUCGAAAAAGGACGGUUAGCCAGUCCUCCACGUCUUUGUCCAGCGGGGCGGGUAGUGGCAAGGAGGGAGGCCACAGCACCAAGAGCACAUCCAACUCCAAGCACAGAAAAGGCGAGGACAAGGGACGCAGCACUCGCGAUGGCAAGGAGAAAGCCUCAAAGGGAUGUGAUAACCAGCUGGCUGUGCCGCCGCUCUCCACCGACACUUCCAAGUCGCAAAGAUCCAAGCUUCCGUUUGAGGACAGGUUGCAUUCAGCAGAUCAUUACUUACAAGAAGCAAAGAAACUUAAACACAAUGCCGAUGCACUGCUGGACCGUUUUGAGAAGGCCAUUUACUACCUGGAUGCCGUGGUGUCGUUCAUCGAGUGCGGCAACGCUCUCGAGAGGAGCGCUCAGGAGGCCAAGUCGCCUUUUCCUAUGUAUGCAGAAACAGUGGAGCUUAUCAAGUACACGAUGAAGUUAAAAAGCUACAUGGCCCCUGAUGCGACUCCAGCAGACAAGCGGGUAGCCGUUCUUUGCCUUCGGUGUCAAUCUCUUCUCCACUUGCGGUUAUUCAAGCUAAGGAAAGACAGUGCUCUUAAAUACUCCAAAACACUUACAGAGCAAUUAAAGAACUCUCUGAGUAACACCCAGGCUCCCUCUCCUGGAAUGGGAAACAAGGCAGCGGGAAUGCCUUCGCCAGUUUCCCCGAAGCUGUCGCCCGGCACGGCUGGCGGUUACACGUCAGUAAGCAGCAGCAGUAGCGCCGGCUCGUCCGUGACCAUACCUCAGCGGAUCCAUCAGAUGGCCGCCAGUUAUGUGCAGGUCACCUCCAACUUCUUGUACGCUACCGAGGUGUGGGACCAGGCGGAGCAGCUGGCCAAGGAGCAGAAAGACUUUUUCCUGGAGUUGGACAAAGUGAUGGGUCCUCUCAUCUUCAACACCAGCAGCAUGACCGACCUGGUGCGUUACACUCGGCAGGGCCUGUACUGGUUGCGACUGGACGCCAAGCUAGUUCCCUAGCGAGGCUUUUUUUUUGCCCGACACCUCGUCCGUCCCUGUACGCUGCUCUCUCACACAUAGCCACACCUCAGUGACACACACGGUCCACCUCUGGUCGCACGUGACGAUGAACUUUUGAGGCAUAUCUCCGAGUGUGUGCGCACCUUUUUUAAUUUUUUAAAAAUCUGCACCAGCUUGCCAAAAGAAAAUAGGAAUCAUUCUGGAGAGGAGCAACAUUCUUCCACAUGUCCACAAAUAGAUGAAUCAUGUUUAUUUUUUUUUUACCUGAAGCACCAGGUGAUUUAUUUAUUAUUUAUUCCCUGCGCUUCAGUUGAAUUCCUAUUUUUUUUUUUUUUUUUUUUUUUAGCUUUUGAAUUGUUUCCCUCCCCACCAAAGUACCUCCCACAAAACACCAAAGGUGCUUUAAAUUUUUCAAAUGAAGGUUUUUCUCUUUAUAGUUUUUCGUGCCUUCAAUGUGAGCGACAGGAAAAAGUACUCCCCUUCUCACACUUUUUAUAAUUUUUCUAUAUUUUGAACCGCUUAGAUAUUUUCGGGGCGAUGAUGCUGCGUUUAGUGUUGUACGGCAAAAAUGUUUUGAGCUUCCACGCGUCUGCUUCAUUUAAAAUGUUUGGGAGUACGCUCGUUAGAUGGUAAAUAAGGGCUAUGGUGAUGCAACAAUUAUCGAUAACAUAAAAACGAUUUUCAUUCCGUUGGGAAUUGAGUUUAGCACUAGUAAUGAACGUUCGUUCAUUCGCUGCCACCCUCCCACUUCGAACGGAUCGGACGUCUAUGGCAGUCAAUGGCAAGAAAUUGCUGUGGCAAUGAAGGCGUCAUCCAGCAAUAGAGUGGCAUCAGACAGUCAAAUCCGAUCUGAGAUGUUCAUAUCUGAUAUGAAACUACCAGAGGUGGGUAGUAACGUUACAUAAAGUUUUUUGAGGAAAAAAAAGUCAUUUUAACAGUAGUUUUACUAAUCCAUAAUUUUUACUUGAGUAGAUUUGUGAAGACCAAAGAUUACUGCUACGCUUCUACUUUGGACUACACUAGAGUCUAGGGUUGUUCCGAUCAUGUUUUCUUGCUCUCGAUCCGAUCCCGAUCGUGUUAGUUUGAGUAUUUGCCGAUCCCGAUAUUUCCCGAUCCGAUUGCUUUUUUUUUUGCUCCCGAUUCAAUUCCAAUCAUUCCCGAUAAUUUUUCCCAAUCAUAUACAUUUUGGCAAUGCAUUAAGAAAAAAAUGAAUAAAACUCGGACGAAUAUAUACAUUCAACAUACAGUACAUAAGUACUGUAUUUGUUUAUUAUGACAAUAAAUCCUCAAAAUGGCAUUUACAUUAUUAACAUUCUUUCUGUGAGAGGGAUCCAAGGAUAGACAGACUUGUGACUUUGUAGAUUGUGGCUAAAUAUUGCCAUCUAGUGUAUUUGUUGAGCUUUCAGUAAAUGAUACUGCAGCCAUUCAACCCAAAUGCAUGAUGGGAAGUGGAACCAUGACUGUGCGUAGUGCUACCAAUUGAUAUAUCUUCUCUGCGUUGGGGAAUAAUUUAAGGUGUUAAGAAAAAGAUCAAUUGCUACCUUCCCCACAUUGCUUCCCAUGAUGUUUCUAAUAGUAGGGAGAGGGAUUGUAAGGCUUUAGCCAAUUAAAAAAAGUCUCCAAAGGCUGCCAAAAUUCACUCUACUCAUUUUACGCUUCCUUUUAUCUCUCUAUAUAGGUAAAACGGCGCCAUUACAGAUUGAGCGCGACAAUGUGUGAGUUAGUCGUGCAGUGCAUGCAUUAAUUGUGUUAAAUAUUUUAACGUGAUACAUUUUUACAUUUUUAAAAAAAUUAAUUAUUGCCGUUAUCGGGAUAAAUUUGAUAACCCUACCUUAAAGUGCUUGUGACACGAAAAAGCAUGUUUAUUUCAUAAUACACGCGGUAUUUUAUGCUCCUGAAUGAUAUGGACCGCUUGGAUGUGUGUGGAAGCGAUCGCUAUAUUUAUUUAGUUUUUUGAAUCCCGCGCCAGGAAAAUGAGUGACUUCCGGCUUCGGUCUCGCAUUGAGGAGGAGGGCGCUGUGACGUGUACGGUAGAAGACGUCCUCUUCACGCUACAGUGUACUGUUGUGUAUGAGGACGAAGGAUUCAGCUGAUUUUGCGGAUUAAUACUUUUAUUUUUUCCAUCACGCCAGCCAAACGGCUGCAGAAAAAUCAUUCUGUAUGCGGGAGAGGCGUAUGCGCCUUUUUGGAGUUUCAAAAGGUUCGCAUUCACCGUGGAUAUUUACUGUGGGACCAUUGGACUUACAAGGAAGUGAGUAAACAUCUUGUUUUGUAUUAUGUCAAAUACGAAUACAGUGAUUACAAAGUAAACACUAUAAAAUUCCUUUAAAUAAAGGACUACUUACGUUUGAUCAUUGAUAGGCAUGUAAAAAGCUAUCCUCACGCUCAUUAGCAGUUAGCUGUUAGCACGUUAGCUACACAACAAUUCCAGCCACCCUCCUCCAGGGAACGAACUGUAAAUUGCUCUCCGCCGGGCGGUUUGCCGAUCCGCAAAGAAACUCGACAACCGGGUCGUCAUGUCAAAUAAUCCAGGCUAGUUAUGUGUGAUUUUCCACUUCGAAGACUUUGAAACAUCCCUCGGUUCGGGUUAGCAUGUCGGCUAGCUGUCACUCCUUCUGGUCUGUUUACAUUCUCUGAAGCCGGGGAAGGGAAAUGACAUAUGUCCGAUUUAGGUGUCAUAAAAUAUCGUUCGGCAGGUGUGACAGUAAAGGUAAAGUCGACUGUUUUGACCAUUAUGGAGUAAUUUUGCCAUGUCGUCUUGAAUAAAUGGAUUUUUAUUAUUUUAUAUUCCAUUUAGCACAAGUUAUUUGUCAUGACCAUGCCAUUUAUUUAGCAAUUGGGGAAAGUACUUGGGUAAAAAGAAUAUCCUGUAAAAAUAUUGAAGUAAAGAGACAGAAACAAUGACAUUUUGCCGCUCUCUUCGUCGCGUUUUCCUCAUUGUGAAUAGUUCCCCCUCGACGGGCUGACUGGUCCUUCUCAAGCCAUUUAUAUAGCUAUUGGGGAAAAUACUUGGAUAAAAAGAAUAUCCUGUAAAAAUAUUGGGAGUAGAGAGACUGAAACAAUGACAUUUUGCAGCUCUCUUCGUCUCGUUUUCCUCGUUCUGAACAAUUCCCCCUCAAUGGGCUGAAUAGUAAAACCGAUGAGCCUAGUCUACCGCUGACGUCAUCCACCUGUUGGGGACGCUAAAGCCCUAUAAUUGUAGGCGUGGCUAACCGGCAGAUUAAAAGACUAAUUUCUCGUCAUCUGUGCUUUGCUAAAUUGUUGUAUAUGGUCGAAUCGUCUCAAAAUAUGAUUCUAAUUCACAUAAUAAUGCCAUUUAAGACUUUUUUUCUGGUGUCGUAUGCUCUUUAAGCCUAAACUAAAGACUCUGGAUGAGUGUAACAUAUUAUGUCUAACGUGAAAUACAAUUAGAAAACUAUUUAAUUAAAAAAAAUAUAUAUAUAUAUAUAUUAAAAAAGGCAUGGCCGUUAUUUUUUUGCCGAUUCCGAUACUUUGAAAAUGACGUGAUCGGAUCGGGACAGCUCUACGAGAGUCUGUACAUUUUGACUCUUUAUUCUACAUAAUGACUUUGUUUUUGCCUGAAAUGCCGACUGAGGCUCUGCUAGUAAUAAUCACAUGACUCCAUUAUACCAAUCAGACAUAACAAUACAGUCGCAUGACCAGAUGGAGCCUUGCAGUCGGAAGUCAUAUAUAAUCACGCUGGCCUGUUCAAUCACAUGGCGUCUUUAAAGCGCUGUAAAAAUUCAAUUAUUUGACCUAGUCAGCAGUACUCGAAAGCAAGGAUUUGUUUGAAACUUUCUCCCAAGUUUUUAAUUCAAUUCAUGGUAGGAAACUGUUUUUUUUUUUUUUUUUCACUAGCGGGCACAUUUGCUCUCUGGACGGGCAAUUUUUAUUUGCUAGUUCCAAUCUUAUGGACCCCCCCCUAAAGGGACAUCGACAGAAAUAACAUUAGUUUAAGUUUCUGCCGAGCACCAGAAGCAAUCUGGUAAACAUUAGCAUUCUAUAGCAUGUAAGCUAGUAGACUUUUGCCGUGCAAGUUAGCCAAUUGUUGCAAUUGGCUAAGUUGCAUCGCAAAAUGCCAAUUCUUUUAUUGUUGCAGUUGGCUAACUUGCAUCGCAAAAGCCCACUAGCUUAAAUGCAAUAGAAUGCUAAUGUUGACAACAAUUGGCUAACGUGCAUAGCAAAAGUCCGCUAGCUUAAAUGCUAUAUAAUGCUAAUAUUUACAACAAUUGGCUAACUUGCAUCGCAAAAGUCCGCUAGCUUAAAUGCGAUAAAAUGCUAAUAUUUACAACAAUUGGCUAACUUGCAUCGGAAAAGUCAGCUAGCUUAAAUGCUAUAGAAUGCUAAUGUUUACAACAAUUGGCUAACUUGCAUCGCAAAAAUCCGCUAGCUUAAAUGCUAUAGAAUGCUCAUGUUCACAACAAUUGGCUAACUUGCAUCGGAAAAGUCCACUAGCUUAAAUGCUAUAGAAUGCUAAUAUUUACAACAACUGGCUAACUUGCAUUGCAAAAGUCCGCUAGCUUAAAUGGUACAUAAUUCUAAUGUUAACUAGAUAGUUUCUGGUGCGCACUAGUGCUUAAAUUUUAUUUCUGCCGAUGUCCCUUUACCCUUUCUUGCCAAAUGUAUCACAUUUGAUACACCUAAAAUUUCAUGAUUUUGAGACUAAUUCAGAAUUUUAAAAUUUCUUUUUGGAAAAAAUAAAUGAUGGAUGCAAGUCAACACAUUCAUCAAAAGGUAACAGAAGCUUAUUAACAUAUUCAUUUUGACUUUUCGUUUUACAAAUUUGAAAAAAAGGUUUCAUUAAGACCUUCUUUUUUAAAUUUUAUGAUUCUCUGACAAUUGCUUCGUAUUGCAGGCAUUUAAGGGUUAGGGGCUCCGUAGAAUCCAAUGAUUUUUGUUCUUUUUUUUUGGCCUAAUACGGUCAUAUAAUAGGUUAUAGUACAGUAUAAAAACGAUGGUUCAUAUAGAUGUUAUGCUGCAAAAAAAAAAUUUGUAUGAAAAAAUAUCACACUGUAAGCAGUUACUCACAGUUACUCAUUACUUGAAUAUACUCUUCACUGGAUACUUUUUUUUCCACUUGUACUUGAGUACAUUUUUUGGAUGACGACUUUCACUUGAGUAAUAUUAUUUUGAAGUAAAGCUACUCUUACUUGACUUAAAAUUUUGGCUACUCUACCCACCUCUGGAAACUGUCUUGCAAAAAAUCUCAUUUCUGUACUUUGUGACAGUUCAGACGACAAAAGAGUCAUUCAAUUUCAAUCUGGAUGGUUUAAAAAUCAGAUUCCAGUCUGAAUGCAAACAUACUGACCGGAAAAUUCCCCUGAAAAUCGGAAAGACUGUCUGUGAACGCUCUGGGUUAAUCGACGGUAAAUGGAUUGGGUGUCUAGCACCGUCAAUGGCAGCAAUUGAGUUAAGAGACACCAUUCUAGUGGAAGAUUUUAGUAGCAACUUGUUGGUUCCUUUCUUUUGUUUUUUUCAACAGAAAAUAUAUUGAUUCUUGGCAAGAGCAUAUCGAUAACAUUUUGGGAUAUAAAGUAUCACGAUAUAUCUCCAUUUGCAUAUUUUAUCACACCCCUACUAUCAACUCCUCUAUUAGAAUGCCAGUAUUUCCAUUCUCAUAUAAUCACAGAAAGCAUCCGGUUGCAUUUAAAUGGCAUCUAGGCAUCACAGUAGCGCUUAAUGCCGCUUGAGGCCAAGAAACUUCGCGCUCGGUCACAUCAAAUUAUUGUUCUUCCGUAGCCACUGAAAAAUAUCCUUGAGAAAAGUCGUUUCCAUACGGUGUUGUUUGCCCACAGUGUUAAUAUGAGUCAUAACUAGGGAGUGUACACAAAUAUAAUGCAGUUAUUGACAUUAGCGUUUAUCAAAGGUGCGCCCAAGUGGGAAAUGCAUCAAUAAAGAACACGUGCAGAUUAGCAGUGGUGCAUCAAUAGCAUAAAAAAGAGGAUAUAUUUCACAGAGAGAGAUUCUAUUUAUAUAUAGAGGCAAAUUACUCCUUUACAAGUUCACCUAUUUGUCAUGUUUUCAGAAGCAGAAAACAAUUGCAGUUGAGUUUGUCAAUCAACUGUUAUAUAAAUAUGUUCUGUUGAGAUUAGGAAGAAUAUAUGGAUGGUAUAUUGAUUUGGUUAGUGCUACGUUGGUACGUACUUCGGCAGCAGGGGAUGUCCCGAUCACAUAUUUUUGGACCCGAGUGCGGGUCGCCUGAUUUUGCCUGAUCUGAUACCUCGGGAAUGUAUUGGGGGGGCAAAAAAAACAAUGUAAAAUAUUUCUACACUGCAGAGAUGAUCAAUCUUGCUCGAUGCUAUUUUAGCAUUAGCAUCCCGCAACGGCUACAUUUCGAAUAUUUUGUUGCUUUGUACCCCUUAAAAUACAGAGGUAGUUUUGUAGACUGAAAAUUCCGUAAGUAGACACGUGUUUUCAAUUUAAAUGGCCUGAUCCAGUCCAAGCCCCCCAAAAUUCAGAUUAUAAAGCAUAAAAAAUGCAUAAAAACAUGAAAAAAAAUCAUGUUACGAUUAGGUUAUUUCACAAUAAUAAUAAGAGUUGUGCAUAAUGUAAAAACAACAAAAAAUAGAGGAAAGAAUAAACGUUAAUACACUCACGGAAAGUUUCGGAACACCUCAUUGCCAGAGGGGCGAAUGAAGAAGACGCUGGGAUACACAAUUACACAUACAGUAGAGGGCCCUCUUAGCCAACUGGAUGCCAGGAUGCUAGGCAAUAGCCAGUGGCAAUACAGCUAUAAAUAUGUUACGUUAUGUCUACUCUGGGAGUGUAUUUUUGCCUCUCAUAUCCUGAAAUUUCUUUUUUAACAAACCUGAAAAUUCUGUAUGUCGAGACAUUAUUAAGUAGAGGUACCUCUGUAUAAAAAAUUCUGGUAAGACUUUAUUUGACUGUGGAUUCCUAAGACUGUCAUAAGACCAUCGUGAUUAUGACAUGACACUGUUAUUAUCAUUAAUGAAUGCUUAUGACAGAUGUCAUGAAGUGUCCUACGGCAAAUUAUGUCACUUUUGCAUGGAUGUGAAAGAUGCGUGAUGGACAUAAAUGUACUUAGUGACAUAAUUUGCCUGAUGUCGCUUCAUGACGUGUCAUAAGCGUUCAUUAAUGCUCAUGACAGUGUCAUGUCAUAAUUAUGGCAGUCUUAUGAGCCCACUGUCAAAUAAAGUAUUACCAAAGACAAUGUAAAAUAUUUCCACACUGCAAAGAUGAUCACUUUCUCAAUGCUAUUUUAGUGUUAGCUUCCCACGGCGGCUACAUCUGCAAUAUUUUUUUGCUUUGUAGCCCUUAAAGUAUUAAAAAAAAAAAAUUAUGGUAACACCUUGUUUGACAGUGGGUUUAUAAGACUGUCAUAAUUAUGACAUGACACUGUCAUGUGCAUCUGGCAUAUUAUGUCACUUUUGAUUGGAUGUGAAAGAUGCGCGAUGGACAUACAGUAAAUGUAGUUAGUGACAUAAUUUGCUUGAUGGGACUAUAUGACAUCUGUCAUAAGUAUUCAUUAAUGCUCAUGACAGUGUCAUGUCAUCGACAGUGGGUUCAUAAGACUGUCAUAAUUAUGACAUGACACUGUCAUGUGCAUCUGGCAUAUUAUGUCACUUUUGAAUGGAUGUGAAAGAUACGUGAUGGACAUACAGUAGAUGUAGUUAGUGACAUAAUUUGCCUGAUGUGACUUCAUGACAUCUGUUUAAAGCAUUUACUAAUGCACAUGAAAGUGUCAUGUCAUCAUGUUAUAAACAUGUUUAUGACAUGACACUGACAUGUGCAUCUGGCGUAUUCUGUCACUUAUGAAUGGAGGUAAACGAUGCGCGAUAGACAUAAAUAUAGUUAGUGACAUAAUUUGCCAGAUGACACUUCAUGACAACAGUCAUAAGCACUCAUUAAUGCUCAUGACAGUGUCAUGUCAUAGACAGUGGGUUCAUAAGACGGUUAUAAUUAUGACAUGACACUGUCACGACCAUCCAGCAUAUUAUAUCACUUUUGAAUAGAUGUGGAAGAUGUGCGAUGGACAUGACCGUAGUGAAUGACAUAAUUUGCCUUUUGACACUUCAUGACAUGUGUCAUAAGCAUUUAUUUAUGCUCAUAACAAUGUCAUGUCAUCGACAGUGUGUUCAUAAGACUUGCAUAAUUAUGACAGGACGCUGUCAUGUGCAUCUGGCGUAUUCUGUCACUUUAGAAUGGAUGUAAAAGAUGCGCUAUGGACAUAAAUGUAGUUAGUGACAUAAUUUGCCGGAUGACACUUCAUGACAUCUGUCAUAAGCGUUCAUUAAUGCUCAUGACAGUGUCAUGUCAUACAGUGGGUUCAUAAGACUGUCAUAAUUAUGACAUAACACUGUCAUGUGCUUUUGGCAUAUUAUGUCACUUUUGAAUGGAUGUGAAAGAUGCCCCACAGGCAUCAAUGUAGUCAGUGACAUAAUUUGCCGGAUGACACUUCAUGACGACUGUCAUAAGCAUUCAUUAAUGCUCUUGACAGUGUCAUACCCUAAUUAUGACGGUCUUAUGAGCCCAAUGUCAAAUAGUUUUACUUAAAACAAUGGAAAAUAUUUCCACACUGCAGAGAGGAUCGCGCUUUCUCAAUGCUAUUUUAGCAUUUGCUUCCCGCAACAGCUACAUCUGGAAUAUGUUGUUGCUUUGUAGCCCUUGAAAUUUCGAAAUAAAUACGUUUUAAUACCCCAAUCUUCUUAACCUGGUUACGAUCCUAUGAAAAUUUAGUCAUCGUACGCGAUUUCCGAUCAUGUGAUCAGUUCAGGGACAUCCCUAUUCGGCAGUACGUUGUACCGUGAAUUGUCCAAAUGACAAAUAUUAUUUUCAUUUCACUGUAUUUAGUCAGUUCAAGGUAGCCCACACCUCCAAACACUCAUUGUCAUCGCUCUUAAGGAUUGGAAAAAGAAAAAAAAAAUGAUUUUUUUAAAACUAUGCAGGAUUUUUUUCUCGACUUAAAAAAACUUUUUUAAUCUUAAUAUGGAGGCAUGUGAUUUUUUUUUUUUUUUUACUUUCAAAGAAACUUAAGUGUCCAAUGUUUUUUGAGCAAUUUAGUGUACUAGUUUUAGUACAUGUUAAUGUAUAUAUUUUAUAACAAAAAAAGAAAAACAAAAAAAACAGAUGGUUUGUGCCAUUCUGUAGCUUGAGCUGGAGGCCACUUUUUCUCAUAGGAAAAUCCUCUGAGUUUUUGUUUUUUAAUCGCCAUCAGGCCAGCCAAUGUGUUCGUACACUGGUACCGGUUUGUAAGUACAAAUGUAUACAUUGUUUAACCUUUUUUUAAUUUAUUUUUGCACCCCGUUUAUUGUUUUUUUUUUUUUUUUUGCUUCCGACAUUUGAUGAAAAAAGGAAGAUGUAAAUGUAUCGCGUGGGGUUGGGGGGGGGGGCGUGAUUGUUCUUGAUGAGAUUUCAUUGUAAGUAGUAAUUAAUAUGAAUGAAUCCAGGGUAUUUUUUUUAAUAGGAAGAUGUUCACACUUGCAUGUUUCUAUUUAAAUGUAUAAAGUGUACAUAGGACAUUUUCCUCUAAGGGUGAAUUUUUACUAUAGGAGGACAUUUUUAUCGCAAUUGAAUAUCACUGUAAAUAUAUUUGUGAGAUACUUUUAUGCACAUCCCUUUUCUUCAUCUUACCCUGACUUUUUGUAACUGUGGAGACGACGGCCACGUCUCUUAACAACGCUGGAGCGGUGGGGAACCUUUACUAUAUUCAAAAAAUUUGGGGAGAAUUAUAGCAAGCAAAGAAAUGUUUCUUAAUUUACCUCCUGAGACCCUUCUUACUCAUUUGAGGACAUUAGAUUUCUGCCUCUGAGGCCUGUUAAACUUUUUUUUUUUAAACCUUGGAGCACUUGGGCACCUUCAGGGACGUUGUCAGCACCCUCUUGUGGUGUCUACACUACUUUACACUGGGGCUGCAGCUAUCGAUUAUUUAGGUAAUUGAUUGAUCUAUUAAUGAGUUACUUCGAAUAAUCGAGUAAUCGGAUGACAAACAUUUGAUGCGUUGCAGAAUAAAUGUUAGGAUAUGUAAAACAAGUGUUUCUGCUUGCGAUACACUUUCAAUGUGAACAACAAAAGAAAAUUCCUGAGUUUCUUCAAAUUGUGCAAAAUUGCUCAGUCAUUUUACAAGAGCAAUAAAUGAAUAAAAAAAAAAAAAAAUUUAAAAUACCUGAGCUUAGCCUCAAAUUAUAUUAAAAAACAUAAAAAUAAAUGAAGGUCUAAAUACAACAAAAGAACAAUUGGCUAACUUGCAAAAGUAAGUCUGCUAGCUUAAGUGCUAUAGAAUGUUCAAAACAAAUUUUAUACAAUGCUCUUAAAUUGUUCAAACACAUAUUUCCACAAAAAAACUGCAAAAUAUCUUGUAAACAGGAAACGAAUGCAGAAACAAACAUAUUAGCUAACAACAACAUACCUUAUGUUGGCUUUAACAGGGAGGAUCUGGAUUCAGCCAUAUUAUCUGUUGCCACUAGAGGGCAGUUUAUCCACCCAAAUCCAUAAAACUAAAUGCAACACUUUCAAAACAAACCAUUACAACGUCACUCUAAUUAAACGAAUCCUUAAAGCAGCAAAAUUUGAUUGGAAGCUUUUUUUCUAAUCGAUUAAUCGUUAUAGCACUACUUCACACCUAUUUAAACGAAUAAAGAAGCGGCAUCAAAAUCUGCUCAUGGCUUCACAAAAGUUACCUUUACAAGUUUUCUGAGCAAAAGUAGUAUAUUUAUGUGAAAUAACAUCUGUAGCUUAACAUGGCAUAAAAACUGGACACUAUUUCGUUAAACAGUAGUAAAUCUUGUGUCCUCAUUUGAGGACUUUGGGAUUAUUUAACAAUUUUGUGGGGUACUUCGCUAAUUCUGAAAUUAUUUAAUUUCAUUUCUAGUUCUCACUAGUUUUUCAAGUGUCAAAUUUGUUAUUAGUGUGAUCAAAUAAUCAAGGGGAGCUUUAGAAAUGUUUACAUGUUAGAAAAAUAGUUCUUUGACCUUAUCGACUAGCUAAUUAGCUGUACACAACACUGUAUGCAAACCAUGUUAUUUAAUUUGAUUCAUAGUUCUAAUUAGUCUUUCAAUUGUCAAAUUUGUUAUUUGUGUGAUCAAAUAAACUAGGAACGAUUAAGAAAUUUUGUUUUUGACCAUAUCCACUAGCUAAUUAGCUAACAGGCAAAAUAACUACACCAACUAAUUAGCUAACCGGCUAAAUAACUACACUGUCUCCAAACCAUGUUAUUUAAUUUGAUUCAUAGCUCUAACUAGUCUUUCAAGUGUCAAAUUUGUUAUUUGUGUGAUCAAAUAAACUAGGAACGAUUAAGAAAUUAUCUUUUAUUUUUGACCAUAUCCACUAGCCAAUCAGCUAACUGGCUAAAUAACUACCCUGUAGGCAAACCAUGUUAUUUAAUUUGAUCUGUUGUACUAACUAGUUUUUCAAGUGUCAAAUUUGUUAUUUGUGUGAUCAAAUAUACGAGGAACGAUUAAGAAACUUUUAUUUUUGACCAUAUCCGCUAACUAAUUAGCUAACAGUCAAAAUAACGACACCAAAUAAUUAGCUACAGGCUAAAUAACUACACUGAAUGCAAACCAUAUGUUAUUUAAUUUUAUUUAUAGUUCUAACUAGUCUUUCAAGUGUGAAAUUAGUUAUUUGUGUGAUCAAAUAUACUAGGAACGAUUAAGAAAUUAUCCUUUUGACCAUAUUCACUCGCUAAUUAGCUAACAGGCGAAAUAACUUCACUGUUUGCAAACCAUAUAUUACUUAAUUUGAUUCAUAGUUCUAACUAGUCUUUCAAGUGUCAAAUUUGUUAUUUGUGUGAUCAAAUAUACAAGAAGGAUUAAGAAAUUAUCCUUUUGACCAUAUUCACUAGCUAAUUAGCUAACAGGCUAAACACAACAACUAACUAGCUAACAGGCUAAAUAACUUCACUGUUUGCAAACCAUAUGUUAUUUAAUUUGAUUCAUAGUUCUAACUAGUCUUUCAAGUGUCAAAUUUGUUGCUUCUGUGAUCAAAUAAACCAGGACUGAUUAGGAAACUUUUAUUUUUGAUCAUAUGUACUAGCGAAUUAGCUAACAGUCAAAAUAACUACACCAAAUAAUUAGCUACAGGCUAAAUAACUACACUGAAUGCAAACCAUAUGUUAUUUAAUUUGAUUUAUAGUUCUAAAUAGUCUUUCAAGUGUCAAAUAUGUUAUUUGUGUAAUCAAAUAAUCUACGAACGAUUAAGAAAUUUUAUUUUUGACCAUAUCCACUUGCUAAUUAGCUAACUGGCACAAUAACUACACUGUAUGCAAACCGUUAUUUAAUUUGAUUUAUACUUCUAACUAGUCUUUCAAGUGUCAAAUGUUAUUUUGUGUGAUCAAAUAUACUAGGAACGAUUAAGAAAUUAUCCUUUUGACUAUAUUCAUGAGCUAAUUCGCUAACAGGCUAAAUAACUACACCAACUAACUAGCUACAGUACAGGCUAAAUACCUACACUGAAUGCAAACCAUAUGUUAUUUAAUUUGAUUUAUAGUUCUAAAUAGUCUUUCAAGUGUCAAAUGUGUUAUUUGUGUCAUCAAAUAAUCUACGAACGAUUAAGAAAUUUUAUUUUUGACCAUAUCCACUUGCUAAUUAGCUAACUGGCUAAAUAACUACACCAACUAACUAGCAAAAUAACUACACUGAAUGCAAACCAUGUUAUUUAAUUUGAUUUAUAGUUCUAACUAGUCUUUCAAGUGUCAAAUUUGUUGCUUCUGUGAUCAAAUAAACCAGGACUAAUUAAGAAACUAUUAUUUUUGACCAUAUCCACUAGCUAAUUAGCUAAAUGUCGGCACUAUUUGCAAACAAUAUGCCUCUGCUUUGAAUUUGAUUUGAAUUUGGACUCAAUUUUGUCAUUUUGCCAUUACCGGGAAAAUUUAAUGUGUAGAUCAACAGAUGAUCACAUUUACUUUUACGUCCCACUAAAGCCAAAUCCAGUUACAAUAAAAAAAAAAAAUUGGUGCUAAUUUUUUUUAUUUUUAAGAGAACUACCAAUUAUUUGAAGCUAACAUUUUGUGUUUUCGAUCAUUCUGGUCCCGAGCAGCAAAUAUAUAUCAUAUUAUGAUAAACCCACUGUCCUCAAAUGGGGACGUCGUUUAUUACAAAAACGGCUAAAAGUUUUGUUAUGAAAUUUAGAAGGUCUUACUCAUCGCAGAUAGCAAAACCCAGGUCUCAGGAGGCUAGAUUAAGGGACUAUUUAGAAUUGCACGACGGUCCAGGUUUCCUACUUUUCUCCAGUCUUUUUUGUGCUUACGUUUUCCCCUCUUCAUCGACCAAGUAAUCAUUUAGUCUCUUGUAUUUUGUCCCGUCAUUGUCCGUCCCGCGUGGGCUGAGGAUGUACAGUCUUGCGUCGAUCCAAGAGUAUUUCCUACCCUUUCUAUGAACAAUUGGUCACAUGAGUCUUUAUAAGGACAAAAAGAUUUCUCAACAGCAGUUUCUACCGUCUCUUGUACACUUUUAAAAAGCCUCAAAGAGCAGCCUACAGUACACUAUAUACCAUAGUCUAAAUUGGCUUAGUUUUUCAAAGGAAAUCGAUGCUAUUAUAAGAUGGAUGCAAUAUGAUUUCAAAGGUACUCGCGGAGUUUGAGCUUCAAACUUUAGGUCAUGUAAUUUAAAGAGCAUUCUUGUGAAGUGAGUAUUAAUUGUGUGACUAAUGAGAGUCUGUCCUGAAUAUUCUUUGUAUUUUUGUCGUAUUGAGAAUAAAAUAUAUAUGAAUAUGUUUAUGACUGGGGUGUUGUAUUUAUUUGAACACGAUCACACAUCAUGAAGGAGUUAUGUCGGGAAGUUAUUACACAAACUAAUGCAAUGAAGCGUUUUGGAAGGUUUUAAUAUUUCAAGUCUGCAUUCUAGUUAUGAAUUAUUUAACCUAUUUGUGUUGUUAAUGUAUGAUUAUCAUUGGGGCGAACGUGGAACGCUGGAACAUUUCAGAACGCCGUUCCAGUACAAAAUUUGGGGGCAGAAAGGUGCUUUGAUGCCGAAAAUAUGACGGCAACUGUCAAACCUCCAUGUUAAAAAAAAAACUGUCAUACUCUCGUCAGAUUUACAUACAGUGCUGGCCACAAGUAUUGGCACCCUCAGCCUAAUACUUGGUAGCACAAUCUUUAGAGAAAAUAACUGCGAACAACUGCUUCUGGUAUCCAUCAAUGAGUUUCUUACAAUGCUCUGCUGGAAUUUUAGACCAUUUUUUUUUGGCCAUCUGCUCCAGGUCUCUGAGAUUUUAUGGGUGCCAGGUCUGGACUCAUUGCUGGCCACUUUAGAAGUCCCAGUGCUUUCUCUCAAACCAUCUUCUAUUGCUUUUUGAAGUGUGUUUUGGGUUAUUCUCCUGCUGGAAGAUCCAUGAACUCUGAGGGAGACCCAGCUUUCUCACACUGGGCCCUACAUUAUGCCGCAAAAUUUGUUGGUAGUCUUCAGACUUUAUAAUGCCAUGCACACGGUCAAGCAGUCCAAUGCCAGAGGCAGCAAAGCAACCCCAAAACAUUAGGGAACCUCUGCCAUGUUUGACUGUGGGGACCGUGUUCUUUUCUUUGAAGACCUCCUGUAAACUACAGUGGGGCAAAUAACUAAUUAGUCAACCACCAAUUGUGCAAGUUCUCCUACUUGAUUAGAGAGGCCUGUAAUUGUCAACAUGGGUAAACCUCAACCAUGAGAGACAGAAUGUGGAAAAAAAAACUGAAAAUCACAUUGUUUGAUUUUUAAAGAAUUUAUGUCCAAAUUAGAGUGGAAUGUAAAUAAUGCAGGACUGGCGUAGAUUACAACAUCACAGCACUUCGUAACAGGUACAGUACCCAUGUGCGCAAACAACUGCCUGGCGAAGGAUAGUUCCGAUAACCACUGGAGAGGCUUGUAGUUAUAGGAACAAGAACAUUUCUUGGAACUGCGGAUAGUUCCUACAGUCCGAAAGCAGCUAUCACUGCGCACGGUAGACACAGGAACAUUUGGGUCUUAGGAGAUGUACUUGUAGCCUUGAGAUUGCCCAUGCGUCCUCACAAUUUUGCUUCUCAAGUCCUCAGACAGUUCUUUGGUCUUCUUUCUUUUCUCCAUGCCCAUUGUGAUACAUACAAGGACACGGGACAGAUGUUGAGUCAACUUUAAUCCAUUUCAACUGGCUGCAAGUGUGAUUUCGUUAUUGCCACUACCUGUUAUGUGCCACGGGUAAGUAACAGGUGCUGUUAAUUACACAAAUUAGAGAAGCAUCACAUGAUUUUUCAAAGGGUGCCAAUACUUUUG